AUGUUCUGCACUCGGUGCAUACGCGCCACCGCCCUGCGGCGCUCUCAGCCAAUUCUUCGUCAAUUCACGACAACGACGCCUUUCCGAUACGCCGAGCCCACGCUUUCGACACCUGUCACAGCACCUGGCGAGGCCCUCAAGGAUGCUCCUGCCCCACGAUCAUCAUGUGCACCCGGAACUAUCCUUAGCGGAUUAAACUACACCAAGGCUGGACAGGACCCUGUUGCGAAACACGACGACGAGUAUCCGGAGUGGCUAUGGAGUUGCUUGGAUGUGAAGAAGAAGGAUGCUGAUGCAGCAGACGCAGACGCUGGAGACGAGUUCUCAAAAUCUAAGAAGCAAAGAAAAUUGGCAGCAAAGCGUCAAAAAGCUCAUGAAGCCAAGCUAUUGGCCGAAGGCAACCUUGAGGCCCUAGCUCCCAAGAUCCCCAUCCAGCAUCAGUCUGUCAACAUUCUCGGCGAGGAGAACCAGGGUGUCGAACACAACGUCGAGGCUGCGCAAAAGCGAGAAGAGCUUAAGAGGGCGAUGCGAAAGGAGAGAAAGGCCAAGAUUAAGGAGACCAACUACCUUAAGUCUAUGUAA